AGGCAAGGUACUACUGAUGGAAUGGGCCAAGUUGAGGUGGGGUGUGUUCGACGAGCUGGGUUACCCUGGUGAUGAAAGCUUCCCACUCUUCUAUAUCUGGGAUGAAAACACUAGUGGAGUUCCAGGUGGUGGCACAAUUCUUCCCACAUAUUGUGCUAACACACCAGUGGAAGGACGUCGUAUGUAAGCAAAGUAUCCUUCUCUCACUGUAACAGUAAUAGACAAGUCUGGAAAUAAUGUACUACUUUGUUAAAUCUGAAAUCAAAUUAUCCAGCGAACUGUAACGAUAAUGGAUUUUGUUAAAAC